UCUGAGCGAGUCUCCCUGGGCCUCUCGUCCAAUGAGGGUGUCUGGUCCGGAGGGUGAGGAGAUGCCCGGCAUCUGCCCCUGCUCCGGGUAUAAUGCCAAGUGUUUUUCCCAAGCUCCCUCAGAAUGUCCAGUUCUCUUAGUCAGGAGGGCAGCUGCACUGAAAGAGCUGGGUCAGGUGGCUUGGCGGAGGUCCCGGCUCGACCUCCCCUGCUGCUGACUGCAGGCUCCAACCCCCCUUUCUGUGGGGCCAGCAGACCCCCACAGAAAGGAAACAGACCCAGGCGGAUCUCUGACACACCUGCGGUGGCUCCACCUGUCCCACACUCGCCACACCCAACCUGCCCAGCUCAGUCAAUUUGCAAAAGAGAAAAUAAAGCACACACACAAAUAAUAACCAACCCCACGAGUUUCCUAGCAUCGGGUGACUGUUUGGUCAAGAGCUUCCUGCCUCUUGAUGGGCCAGCUGGACACUCCUAACAUUCUCCAGCCACUGUGGCCUCAGGUGGCUGGUCACAAGUGCAGUCCCCUAGGCUGACCAUCCCCCAGGCCCCCACCAAGGAAAGCACUGAAGGAUCCCAGGAGGCCAGCGUGGAGAUCUGCCAGCUGGGGCCACUGCCCUCUGCCAACUCAAAGUCACCUUUGCUUCAACUUCUCAGCGGGCCAGCCAGAGCCCGCCCAGAACCUCCUCUGCUCAGCUCAGCAGGAACAAGGAACCAGCUCCUAUUGGGUAAUUAUUAAUCAGAUUCUUGAGAUUCCUCAGCCCCAGGUUGGCUUGGGAAACAUGCUCCCUGGAGGAGGAGGAGGAGCCGAGGCCCAGGACUGGCAUUUGGACAUGCAGCUGACGGGCAAGGUGGUGCUGUCUGCAGCCGCCCUGCUCCUGGUGACCGUAGCCUACAGGCUGUACAAGUCGAGGCCCUCCCAAGCCCCGCUGUGGGACAGGAACACCAAGGCCAAGGCUGAGGAGGAGGCAGAGGGCUCCAGACAGCCUGAAGUCCAGGGGGAUGUUCCUGGGGCACCCCGUCGGCGGCUGAGAUGCCGGAGGGGGAGCAAGGAGCCUGGAGCACUGCCGGGCUACAGCUGGGACAGUCAGAGGAGCUCCCAAGUCCUGGCAACAGCAGCCUCUUCCAGUGACUCGGAAGCCGAAAGGGCUUGGAAGCCAGAGAGGAAAGGCAGUGGUGAGGAUCUGGGCAGGAGGUGCCUGGAGUCGGGCCUGGCACCUCCUCGCUGCAGUGGCCAGGAAGCCGGAACAGCUGCCGCCAGUGAGUCCGAGCUGCCCCACCGCCCCCAUCAGGGCAGUGAACCCAGAAGCUCCCCACCUGGCCUUGCUUCGGUGGACGGCAGUGGUGUGGAGGGUGAGAGUGCCCCAUGGCGGGAAGGUGGACACCCCAAGCAGCCGGGGACUGGCGCCCAGGGGCCCCCACGCCAGCCCUGGAUGGCCUACUCGGAAGACAAGAGUGACGUGAAUAAGAGCUGGCUUUUCACUCGUGGGACAGGAGUGAGCGGGGAAGGGGCUGGGGCCCUGCGGGCUGCCUCAGACAUGGGCCUCGCCCUGCGGCAGCAGGAGGGGGCCACCAACGCCUCCUACACCUUCUCCUCGGUGGCCCGGGUUCGAGUAGAGGAGAACUUCAUAAGGGAGAAGGUGGAGGGGAUCGGGCCCUGGCUGCAGGGCAAGGUGUACGAGUACCACGUGGAAUCGACCUCGCAGGCCACCUCCAAAGGCAGACCGGCCCCCAGAACGGCAGCCCUGGCUGAGGCUCCGCCUCCUGUGCCAGGCCCCCUGGGAAUAGGGGCAGUCCCCGGAGGCCACCACGAUGACACGGAAGGGGGAGCCGAUCCAGCAGCCUCCUCCCAGCCUGUGCUGUCGCCCCCUGGGCAAGGCUUCAGCAGGAAGGACAGCCUCCUUCAGAUCGUGGAGAACCCGGAGCUGCAGCUGCAGCUCAACGGCUUCGGGAGCCCUGCCCCGUCCUGCCCCGCCCGGAGUGCCCCACCCAGCAGCCCCACAGCCGGGCAGCUUCCGGAGUCCGGCUCAGCCGGAAGCAGCGGGGAGCCCAACCUGCAGCUGGUGGCGGGGACCAAUUUCUUCCACUUCCCCCUCACCCCGGGUUCAGCCCCAGAGGUCCAUCUGGAUCUGGGGAAUUGCUACGAGGUGUUGACCUUGGCCAAGAGGAAAAACCUGGAGGCCUUGAAGGAGGCUGCCUACAAAGUGAUGAGUGACAACUACCUCCAGGUCCUACGCAGCCCAGACAUCUAUGGGCGCCUGAGCGGGGCAGAGAGGGAGCUGGUCCUUCAGCGACGGCUGCGGGGCUGCAAGCGCCUGGUGGUGGCCGACAUGUGCCCCCAGGAAGACUCUGGCCGCCUCUGUUGCUAUGACGAUGAGCAGGAUGUGUGGCUCCUGCUGACCCAUCUGCCCCCAGAGGCUGUGUCCCGGGGCUGUGCUAUCUGCAGUCUCUUCAACUAUGUCUUCGUGGUGUCCGGUUGCCAGGGGUCCAGGUGCCGGCCCUCCAACCGAGUCUUCUGCUACAACCCUCUGACCGAGAUCUGGAGCGAGGUGUGCCCACUGAACCAAGCCCGGCCACACUGCCAGCUGGUGGCCCUGGACGGGUACCUGUACGCCAUUGGGGGCGAGUGUCUGAACACAGUCGAGCGCUAUGACCCGCGCCUGGACCGCUGGACCUUUGCCCCGCCACUCCCCAAUGACACCUUCGCCCUGGCGCACACAGCCACGGCGUGUGCCGGGGACAUCUUCGUCACGGGCGGCACGCUGCGCUACCUGCUGCUCCGCUUCUCCACGCAGGAGCAGCGCUGGCAGGUCGGCCCCACAGCGGGCGGCAAGGACCGCACGGCCGAGAUGGUGGCGGUCAAUGGCUUCCUCUACCGCUUUGACCUCAACCGUAGCCUGGGCAUUGGCGUGUACCGCUGCAGCGCCAGCGCCCGCCUCUGGUACGAGUGCGCCACGUACCGGACGCCCUACCCUGAUGCUUUCCAGUGCGCCGUGGUGGACAACCUCAUCUACUGCGUGGGGCGCCGGCGCACGCUCCUCUUCCUGGCAGACCACGUCUCACCCAGAAUCUCAAAGCCAGCAUCAUCCCAUCUUGCGGAUGAAGUGACGAAGGCUCCGAGGGGUCUCACAGCUGUGACGUUUAUAAGCUCCUACACCCUGUGAGGUGCUGGGGUUGGGACUGUGAACAGGUCAGCACGAUCUCCCGGCGAAGCCAGGAGUGCACAGGUGACCGGCUCCAUAAACACUGGUGGACUGGCAGGGACUCCGUGCAGGAAGUAAAUGCACUGUGUUGGAGACUGUCAGAGGGACAUACCUCAUGGCUCUCAAGGUGGCUUCUCGGAGGAGGUGACAUUUAAGCUGUGAUGUGAAAAAUGAGAAGGACUUGGCUUGAAGGGAGAGCAGAAGAACAUUCUGGAAGGAAGGGGAAACCCAAGAGCAAGGACCCUAUGCCUACACCAGAGGCCAGUGUGGCCAGAGAGGCAAAGUGAGGCCAAGACCAGCCAGGUCACGUGGGGCAAUGUCACACUGUCCACUGUCAGCUGUGCUAAGAAGUUCGGAUUUUAUCGUGAGCUCGAUGAGAAGCCCCCAAAGGACUUUUUGCUUUGUUGGUAAACCGUUUAGCAGAAAAGUUGCAGGGAUUGUGCAGCCAGAUCCCAUGCACCCCGUACCCUGCCCCCCAUUAUUAAUACUUUGUAUUCAUAGGGCACCUGUACGUUGUCGGGAGCGAGGACCCAACGCUGAUACACUGUCAUUAAUUAAAGCCCAUACUUUAUUCAAAUUUCCU